AUGAUGAGGUUUAAUGCCUCUCUACAAGUGGACAUCGUUCCAAGUCAGGGGGAGAUCAGCGUUGGAGAGUCCAAGUUCUUCUUAUGUCAAGUGGCGGGGGAGGCCAAGUCCAAGGACAUCUCGUGGUUCUCCCCGAACGGCGAGAAGCUGACGCCGAACCAGCAGCGCAUCUCGGUGGUGCGGAACGAUGACUUCUCCUCCACCCUCACCAUCUACAACGCCAACAUCGACGACGCCGGCAUCUACAAGUGCGUGGUCAGCAGCGCGGACGAGGGCGGCGACUCCGAGGCCACCGUCAACGUCAAGAUCUUCCAAAAGCUGAUGUUCAAGAACGCUCCCACCCCCCAGGAAUUCAAGGAAGGGGAUGAUGCUGUGAUCGUGUGUGACGUGGUCAGCUCGCUGCCUCCCACCAUCAUCUGGAAGCACAAAGGCAGGGAUGUCAUCCUAAAAAAAGAUGUGCGGUUCAUCGUCCUGUCCAACAACUACCUGCAGAUCCGAGGCAUCAAGAAGACGGACGAGGGGACGUACAGGUGUGAGGGGAGGAUCUUGGCUCGGGGGGAGAUCAACUUCAAGGACAUCCAGGUCAUUGUGAAUGUACCUCCUUCUGUGCGUGCCAGGCAGAGCACUAUGAAUGCCACUGCCAACCUCAGCCAGUCUGUCACCUUGGCAUGUGAUGCUGAUGGUUUUCCUGAGCCAACCGUGACGUGGACAAAGGAUGGAGAGCCCGUGGAGGAGGCUGAUGAUGAGGAGAAAUACAGCUUCAACUACGACGGGUCCGAGCUGGUCAUCAGGAAGGUGGAUAAGAGCGACGAGGCCGAGUACAUCUGCAUCGCUGAGAACAAGGCAGGGGAGGCAGAUGCCACCAUCCACCUCAAAGUCUUCGCCAAACCCAAAAUCACCUACGUGGAGAACAAAACAGCCAUGGAGCUGGAGGAUCAGAUCACCCUGACCUGCGAGGCCUCGGGGGACCCCAUCCCUUCCAUCACCUGGAGAACCUCCAGCCGCAACAUCAGCAGCGAGGAGAAGGCUUCGUGGACCCGGCCCGAGAAACAAGAGACCCUGGACGGGCGGAUCAUCGUCCGCAGCCACGCGCGGGUGUCGUCGCUGACGCUCAAGGAGAUCCAGUACACGGACGCCGGGGAGUACGUGUGCACUGCCAGCAACACCAUCGGCCAGGACUCCCAGGCCAUGUACCUGGAAGUGCAGUAUGCCCCCAAGCUCCAGGGCCCCGUGGCUGUGUACACCUGGGAAGGAAACCAAGUGAACAUCACCUGCGAGGUGUUUGCCUACCCCAGUGCUGUCAUCUCCUGGUUCCGGGAUGGGCAGCUGCUCCCCAGCUCCAACUACAGCAACAUCAAGAUCUACAACACUCCCUCAGCAAGUUACCUGGAGGUGACCCCAGACUCGGAGAAUGACUUUGGGAACUACAACUGCACUGCCGUGAACCGCAUCGGGCAGGAGUCCUCCGAGUUCAUCCUGGUGCAGGCAGACACUCCGUCCUCCCCGUCCAUCGACAGAGUGGAGCCCUAUUCCAGCACUGCCCAGGUGGAGUUUGAUGAGCCUGAAGCCAAUGGUGGGGUUCCCAUCCUCAAGUACAAGGCAGAGUGGAGGGCCCUGGGCGAGGGAGAGUGGCAUUCCAGGUUGUAUGAUGCAAAAGAAGCCAACGAGGAGGGCACCAUCACCAUCACUGGCCUGAAGCCUGAGACCACCUACUCUGUGAGGCUGUCUGCAGUCAACGGCAAAGGCGUGGGGGAGAUCAGCCUGCCCUCCGAGUUCAAGACACAGCCAGUUCAAGGGGAACCCAGCGCUCCCAAACUGGAAGGGCACAUAGGAGAGGAUGGGAACUCCAUCAAAGUGAACGUCAUCAAGCAGGAUGAUGGUGGCUCCCCAAUCAGACACUACCUGAUCAAGUACAAAGCUAAGCACUCCCAGGAGUGGAAGCCGGAGAUCAGGCUCCCAUCAGGCAGCGACCACGUGAUGCUGAAGUCUCUGGACUGGAACGCGGACUACGAGGUCUAUGUGGUGGCAGAGAACCAGCAGGGCAAGUCCAAACCCGCCCACUACGCCUUCAGGACGUCUGCCCAGCCCACUGUCAUCCCAGCGACCUUGGGAAGUCCAUCAGCGUCGUCCUCCUUUGUUUCAUUGCUUCUCUCUGCAGUGACUCUGCUUUUGCUCUGUUAGAAACUUAAAAGAGGAAAUAAAAUAAAGCAAUAUUUGCUUGGAAAGGUCCCACCAAGGUGUGAAAGCAGAUAACUUUGCUUCAGAGGAUCAUGUCAGUUCAGAGAAAGAAAAAAAAAAAAGAAACAAACACAGAACACUUUUAAAAAAAUGUUUAAUUUGAAAGAGUCAG